AGAACAAAGAGAGACAGAAUUUAAUGGCGUUAGCGAAUAACUUAACGGCGAUACUCAACUUACUAGCGUUACUCUGUUCCAUACCCAUAACGGCGUCAGGUAUAUGGCUAGCUUCAAAACCCGACAACGAGUGUGUCAAUCUCCUCCGUUGGCCUGUCGUCGUCCUCGGCGUCCUCAUCCUCGUCGUCUCCGCCACCGGCUUCAUCGGCGCCUACAAGUACAAGGAGACUUUACUAGCGGUUUACUUGUGUUGUAUGGCGAUAUUGAUCGGACUUUUGUUGGUUGUUCUGAUAUUUGCUUUCGUCGUGACCCGACCCGAUGGAUCGUAUCGGGUUCCUGGUAGAGGUUAUAAAGAGUAUAGGCUUGAAGGGUUCUCGAAUUGGCUAAAGGAGAACGUUGUGGAUUCCAAGAACUGGGGGAGAUUAAGGGCUUGUUUGGCGGAUACAAACGUUUGUCCUAAACUCAACCAAGAGUUCAUCACCGCCGAUCAGUUCUUCUCCUCCUCUAAGAUCACUCCUCUCCAGCUUUAAGUUAUUUGGUUUUGGAUAUUUCCUUAUCUUUGACAAAACUAAAGAAUGGUUUCUGACCUAAUUAAUCUUUACAUUUUCU